AUGUUGAGGCAGAAGGAGACUGAGAAUGAUGCGAGAUCUCUGGAGCAGGACCCUGAAACCAAGCUUAAACAACUGCCGAUCCGCAAUAUGAUGGCCAUUGAGAAGCUUCUCAAUUUUGUCGAAGAAGACGAGAGUGAUCAGACAUGUUGUUGUGAUCGAGAGAUUCUAGACGCAUUUCAGGAGGAGGAUUAA